AUAAAAAUGAUAGAGAUUGGGCUUAGGUUCCGGCGACAUGGCAAAACGCACCAAGAAGGUCGGGAUCGUCGGGAAAUAUGGGACCCGCUAUGGUGCCUCCCUCCGGAAAAUGGUGAAGAAGAUUGAAAUCAGCCAGCACGCCAAGUACACGUGCUCCUUCUGUGGCAAGACCAAGAUGAAGAGACGAGCUGUCGGCAUCUGGCACUGUGGUUCGUGCAUGAAAACAGUGGCUGGCGGGGCCUGGACCUACAACACGACUUCUGCCGUCACAGUGAAGUCUGCCAUCAGAAGACUGAAGGAACUGAAAGACCAGUAAAAGUGCUACCAUUUGAUACCCAAGCCUACUCAAUAAUGCACAGCCAACUAAAUAAAUGGGUUAAUUUA